UGACAACCACGUUAAUAUAUAUAGGUUAGUCACUUAGAUGACAGAGAAACAAUGUCAGUGCUGUUAUGUCCAGGAAAACUAUGAAUACGAUUUGUUUUUCUCCUUUCAUCUUUCUGUAUUUUCUGCGGGAAUCGGAUAGCACAGGUACCUGUACUUCGGAUACUUUACCAGUUGUUCGAAUGUGUAUGGGUGGAGCAGCUAUAGGUCAAUCAAUAUUGAUGGAUUUCACGGAUGCAGAUUUAUAUAACUUCCCUACAUGUGCGUGUGACGUAAUAAUUAACGGUGGAAAUGCUCUGUCCUUUAGCCAGAUAUACGCUCCAGGAUACAUACAGUGUGGAACUUCUAUUACUAUAAAGGAUAACACUGGAGAUAUACGUUAUAUUGUGAAUUGUUCAGGACAGACAAUGAUAAACAACUUAAAAAAAGGGGAUAAUAUCGAAGUCAUCCUGAAGCGGCAUUUUAAUGAUGCUGAUGCCAAAUACUGCUAUCGAUUAGAUAUCUCUGGAACCCAAUCCCCCUCGAUCCAGGUGAGCUGUCAGAAGCAUACAACAUCCACAACAACUACCACAACCACUACAACCACCGUCCCCACCACUGACAGCAAACUAACAACCGGGGUAACUUCAUCAGAAUAUAACAUUUCUGAUAAUACCUCCGCAUACAGACAUAACCAAGAUAUGUUACACGAGAACUGUCAACAAACAACAGUGGUUGUAUUGGCGUCUUUAUUUGGAGUGUGUUUGAUUUACUGUGUUGCCAUUACCAUAUAUAUCAUAAGAAGGGGAAAACCAAAACCUGCUAUAGACGGAUGUUCAGACAGAGGUCAGGAUGGUGACGACAUAUAUGAAGAAAUUCGACCAACAUAUAUAUCACCGAAUAAUAUUCCUAUUUAUAAUCCUUCAACGCGGCCAUUACCAAACCCAAACAACAGUCAGACAAAAUUAAGAAAAACGCCUCUUCCGUCACAUACGAAUAAUACGUAUGAACGAACGGAAGAAAAAAUUGGACAGACUAUUUACGUUAAUCACAGAUUUUAGUACCACAUUAACGAAUGCUCAAUUAUUUGCUGAGCACUUCAUUGAAAUUACAACAUUCAGGCAGAUGAUAUAACGUCCCAGUUUUAUACGUUACGUGUAUUGUUUUCUUUGUAUUGUAAACUUACAGUUUAGGUAUGAUAAAGAGAAAGAGGAUGUUGAAAUUCUUUUUGAUCAUACAGUAGAAGAAAUGGUGUUGCCACUCGUUUGGUUCACUUGCAAUCAUGAAGUUUAGAGUACUUUUAAUCUAUUUAAGAACAUUUUAGACACUCCCAGGACACUGGUCUGUCAGAUUUUAAAAUGUGUUAGGCCUUUAAAUGACAUUUCCCCAUACCUUAUUGAACCGAAACUAUCUGUAAAACGGUCUUUUUAUGUAUAUGCUACAUUCUAAUAUGACGUGCUUCUUUCGCUUUGUAAACAACACUGUGAUAAAAUUCUCGAUAUAUCUAUACUUAGCGCAGACUCCGUGGUGUACAUAAUACUGGCUGUUACAA